CAUCUCCGAAUACUGCGACAUGACUUUUAAGUCGCUGCUGAACUUUGGUGCUUUUCAUAAAGAACCACCUGUGAGCCAUCAUACGCAUUAUGGGAUUAUGGAUCGUUAUCAUGGAGAGAGUUAUCAUGAUCAUGGAUGGCAUGGGUCAAAAGGUAAAGGUGGAGGAGGCGGAGGAGCAGCUUUGAGUGCAUUGACUCUUCUAGCAUUCUUAUUUCUGAUCAACGUUAUGCAGCAAUCUUUGAUGGAAAACAAUGCAACCGAAACAACAACAGCACAAUCAACGAUAUUUUUGCGCGAAGAUCAACAACCCAUUUCAUUAACAUCCAGAUUUGAUAACGAUCAAUCCAUUGAGAAAGGCACAUUGAGAGAUUCAAUGAAAAAGGAUGGAAAAAAAGAUAUAUCUUACGUUAAAAUUAAAUCAACCAAGUGAAAAUAUGAAUUAGUAUUUAUUAUUUAUUUAAUUUAUUCUAGAAUUUGAAAAGCACGAAA